GACUUAAAUGCGAUAAACAAAGUCUAACCUCACUUUUAGUGUAACUCAUAAUCACCCACUAAUAAAUAAAAACGUCUUGAUAAUUCCCACUCAAGCGCCACAAUGGCAUCAGUGGACGUCGUAAUCGAAGAAAAAAAGGACGACGCCGUCGACCGACAAAAAAUUUGCCCAUUUCUCCUGCGCGUUUUCGUCUCCUCGAACGGCUACCACUUCAAACCCACGGACUACAACAAAGGCAACACCCCACAGAACGAACUCCAAAUAUACACCUGGAAAGACGCCACUUUGCACGAACUGACCCAACUAGUCAAAGAAGUGAACCCAGAAGCGCGCCGAAAAGGUACAAAGUUCAACUUUUCUCUAGUUUUCCCGGACAUGAGGGUGCCCAUCUACCGAAUGCGGGAGAUUGGGAGCACGACCACCGGAAUCAAGGGCCCUGACGACCUGAAAACGCUGAGUCAGUCGCGGUUUUCCAUCGGGGAUUUCAUGGACAUCGCGAUCACCCCGGCGGACUCGUGGGGGUCAGGCGGGAGGAAGGGGUACUCCCAAAACUACAACAACCACCGACAGAGGCCCUACUGAUUUUAUGAACCGUUCUUAAUUUAAGCCAGAAAUAAACACAGAUUUUGUAUUAAUUAA